AUGAAGAUAUGGCGUAAACAUCAGGGUGAUAAUUUCCAAACUUAUUUUCAAUAUUUAUCUUUUUUAGAAAAUCAAUGGCAUGAGUCUUAUUAUCCACUAUACCAUUAUCAACCAAAGAAAAAAAAGAAACAGAAUACAACGAAUGUACCAAAUGAAAACUUCUCUUCAGUUGUGUUUGUGAACGAAGGUGAUGACUUGAACUCGCCUGACACUUCAACCACUUCCAGUCUGGAUGUUGCCAAAGAUAUAAGUGAUAUAUCCAAAUACGUUGAUUUAUGCUCGAGUACAUUCUCCACAAACAAUAAUAAUAUGAAACAAACCCAGAAACCAAAACAGAAAUCUUACAAAGAUGGAGCCCUCAAAUUUUCAAUUAAUAAAGUUACUAAACCAAAAAAACCACAAAAAACAGCGUCUAAGAAGCUGCCACAAGAUGAGAUGAUGUCUCAAUUUUUCAGUAGUUUUAAGUCACUAAUGUACGGUGAAAGAGCUGAAGAUAUUUGUUUCAAAUAG